ACUCUGAGAUGUGAUGUGCGCGACUCGGUAGGUAUAUUUAGUCGCGGAGAUCGCGAGGCUACGGAUGCUUCCGCGAGUAGUCGCGAGCGGCGCGAAUGUCGCCGACUUUUUUGCGGCGAUUGUUGAAGUUGUUAUGAAGGUUUUUUAGUGAUUUUUUGCGUAAUACACAGUUGCGCUGACGGCUACUCGGGAUUUACCGUUUUUUUUUAAUUGUACUGUAUAAGUUUGUUUAUUUUCGACGAUAAGGUAGUCGUUAUCUGCGGAAAUGUGCGUUUUUAAUGCGGGGACCUUGAGUAUUUCAGCAAUUAAAAUAAUUGUGUUGAACUCGUGAUGAACAAUCAACGCGGUGCAAUUAUGCCACAGUAACUUUCUCACUUUUUGCUGAGGUUUAUUGUAACUCGCAGUAUCACGAACAAUUUUCAACAUUGCGCAAUUCAAAGUAUCUUUCAUCCACAUAUCAACGUUAGAAUUCCUCUUAAAAGUAUGCUUUUUAUCUUCGGCUCAAAUACUUGCGAAAAAAAAAAUCGUUGAAUCCAGUACAAAGUUUCCCCUCUAGCAGAAGCUACCUGAUCAAUGCCGCCUCUGUAUCUCCCCCUACAUAAUAGCAGACGGUUUUUCGGCCGCAUUCGCGCGCAGAGCAGCUGAUCGGCGACCUCGACCAGCACAGUGUGUACUUAAGAGAAAAUUCGAAAAAAGUUGCGUACGUAGACAAAAGAGCAGCGGCACCAUGGCAUUCAACGCACUGAGACAGCGGGUGACGAGCGUCGGGCUUCGCCGUCAGCCGAGGGAAAUCAGCGCCUUCCUCGGGCCGCGGCUCGUCAUGUGCGAGCCCAAGUGCCGAGCGGCCUCCAAGGCCAGCGGCGAGUACAGGCUCGAGAGGGACACCUUCGGGGAGCUGAAGGUGCCGGCUGAUAAGUAUUAUGGAGCCCAGACGAUGCGAUCGGUAAUGAACUUCCCGAUCGGCGACCAGGCCGAGCGCAUGCCGAAAGGCGUCAUCGUGGCUAUGGGUAUCCUGAAGAAAGCCGCCGCCGAGGUGAACAAGGAAUUCGGCCUCGACGCGAAAGUCGCGGAUGCCAUCAGCAAAGCCGCCGAUGACGUAAUCAGCGGAAAGCUCUACGACGACCACUUCCCCCUGGUGAUCUGGCAGACCGGCUCCGGUACUCAGACCAACAUGAACACGAACGAGGUGAUCUCGAACCGAGCGAUCGAGCUGCUUGGUGGUCAGCUGGGCUCCAAGAACCCGGUCCAUCCCAACGACCACGUGAACAAGUCCCAGAGCUCGAACGACACCUUCCCUACGGCGAUGCACAUCGCCGUAGCCCUGGAAAUCAACAAGAUCCUCAUCCCCGGCCUCCAGCAGCUGCACUCGGCACUUAAGGAAAAAUCUCAGGCAUGGAAGGACAUCAUCAAGAUCGGCAGGACGCACACGCAGGACGCCGUGCCGCUGACUCUCGGCCAGGAAUUUUCCGCUUACGCGACACAGGUGGAGAACGGAAUCGCCCGAGUGAAGGACACGCUGCCGAGGCUCUACCAGCUGGCCCUUGGAGGUACCGCCGUAGGUACUGGUUUGAACACGAGGAUAGGCUUCGCUGAGAAAGCCGCUGCGAGAAUCGCUUCCCUCACAGGUCUGCCCUUCGUUACGGCUCCCAACAAGUUCGAAGCGCUGGCUGCUCACGAUGCGCUCGUUGAGGUCCACGGUGCGCUCAACACUGUCGCUGUCUCUCUGAUGAAGAUCGCCAACGACAUCCGAUUCCUGGGCAGCGGACCCCGCUGUGGUCUUGGCGAGCUCUCCCUGCCCGAAAACGAGCCUGGUAGCUCCAUCAUGCCUGGAAAGGUGAACCCAACUCAGUGCGAGGCCCUGACGAUGGUGUGUGCCCAGGUGAUGGGUAACCACGUCGCGACGACGAUCGGCGGCAGCAACGGCCACUUCGAGCUCAACGUCUUCAAGCCCGUCAUCGUCGCCAACGUCCUCAGGUCGGCCAGACUUCUUGGUGACGCCUCUGCUACGUUCACCAAGAACUGCGUCGUCGGAAUUCAGCCCAACAUCGACGCCAUCAACAAGAUCAUGAACGAGAGUCUUAUGCUAGUCACGGCCCUUAAUCCUCAUAUCGGUUACGAUAAGGCUGCUGCGAUAGCGAAGCAAGCACACAAAGAGAAGCUGACGCUGAAGGAAUCGGCAUUGAAGAACGGCCUCACCGAGGAACAAUUCAACCAGUGGGUCAAACCCGAGGAGAUGCUUGGACCUAAGUAAAAACGUCCGUCGUUCGGUCAAAGCGUCGAAAAGUCAUUGUUGAGAGGAAAUCUGUUAUGCAUCGAUUUUAGCAGAUAGGCCUCUCAGAUGCAGCGAGCGCAGAGUGAUAUACAUACAAAUACACUGUUGAUUGAGAAACGUUCUCACAAACCAUCCGUUUAUAAAAACACAAGAUCUUUCGCAAUAAAAGUUUAACAAAACGAAA